ACGUGAUUAGUGACUCAUUGUUCCUGGGAUAAACAAUGUGCUAAGCAAUAAUUUCGACGAUUUUCUAAUUUUAGCGUGAUUUAUCACAGCUUAAUUAUUUAAAAACCAUAACUAACAACAAACGUGAUGACUUCUACGCAGAAAACAAUUAUGGUCAAGCCUCAAGUUGUUAAACGCCCCAUUGUUGAAGUGAUCGGAGGCUAUCACGCGGCAGCGGACACUCUCGCCCAUCAAGAUUAUAUUCUCGAUCAAGAUGAGAUCAAUAGCGGAAACCCUAGUAAAAAACGCCGAAGGUUAACCUAUCUAAGCCCAGAAGAGAGAUUAUUAAGGAGAAAGUUGAAAAAUCGAGUUGCUGCGCAAAUAGCCAGAGAUAAGAAGAAGGCAAAAAUGUCUGAGUUAGAAGAAAUGAUAGCCAAGUUAGAAGAGCAGAAUCGCAAGUUACAAAGUGAAAAUUAUAAUCUAAAGAAAGAAGUUAAAGCUGCUAACGAAGAAAAGGAGCAAUUGAAAUGUCAAAUGGGUGGUACUAUUACCAGAAGAUCUAAUAGCUCACUUAUUCACGACGAUCAUGACAGUCAACCUGAUCUGCUGCAGCAGCUCAUUGAUCAAAUCGAAAUCAUUCCAGAUGAAGAUGUCGGAGCAAGAAAGACAGCUGAGUUGGAUCACAAAUACAGCAAGAUUAGAUCUGAACCUUCAGUUUCAGCUACUCAAGUCGAAGACCUGACAUUAGAGGAAAGCUUACAAGAAUUACAGAAAAUCGGAUUGAAGUUACUGCAAGAUGAUGAUAAUGUUACGUCUGUUCCCUCUCCCCAAUCAAUAGGAUCUAAUGAUCUCUCGUCGGACGACUCUGGAUUUUUAAGUGAUCAGUUUCUGGAUAGUAAUUUCACAGAUGUUGACUCAUACCUUCCCGAACUCUUUCCUGUAUUGUCAUGA